AAUCAAUUUAUUCCCAUCUGAGUACACUGGCAGAUUUUGCAAUAGAGAUGUUUGAUGUUCUUGAUGAAAUUAACUACCAGUCUUACAACGACUUUGUCCUACGAGUUGGUAUUAAUGUUGGGCCAGUAGUGGCUGGAGUCAUUGGAGCCAGAAGACCACAGUAUGAUAUCUGGGGGAAUACUGUAAAUGUUGCCAGCCGGAUGGAUAGUACUGGUGUACAGGGGAAAAUUCAGGUGACGGAAGAAGUUCAGCGGAUAUUAAAAAGGUGCAGUUAUGAAUUUGUGUGCAGGGGUAAAGUCAGUGUAAAGGGAAAAGGUGAAAUGUUGACCUAUUUCCUGGAAGGAAAGGCCGAUGGAAAUAAUUCACAAACACAGUCUUUAAACUUAGAGCGGAAAAUGUACCUUUACGGGAGAGCAAACAUUCAAACAAAACUGGGCACCAGCUGCCCCUUGGUGUCCUCAGUUUCUAGCUUUACUGCAAAAGCUGGGCUUGGAGCAAAUCAAGCGUCUGCCACUCACACAAAUCAAACACUGCAUUAUCUUCCUUCUGUGCCAGCUGUGAAGGAGGCAUAGAGCAAAGGAGAUUUGGUUGUGCCAUUUGCAGUGAACUUGGAGAGCAAUGGUUGCCUGAAUUUCUACCAAGAGAUCAGAGGUCAAUAGGGCAUAGUAUUAACCAUGGACCACUACAACCCAACCAAAGAGAACUUGGGGACUGUGUAACAAACUCUUGGGAUGGAACAUAUAAGGGCUAGAAAUUCUGUUAGGAAAAGUCAAAACCUGAUUUUUCUGGAAAUGAGGAAUAUUUUCUUGGCAUUUUUAAAG